UUAUAUUAUAUACUACUGGCAGGGAACGAAGUGUGGUAUAGAUGAAAGGGGAAGUUCGGCCAUAUUGGCUCAAAAACUAGAUGAUAAUGAACUAGGUGGCGCUGCCGUUCAGAUUCGUGUAGUUCAGGGUCGGGAGCCGGAACACUUUUUACGAUUAUUUAAAGGACGAAUGUUGAUAUUGAUGGGAGGUAUUAACAAUGACGUAGAGGAUACCAAUAUUAAGAUGUACCAUAUCCGUGGUACUAAUGACGUCAACACUAGAGCUAUACAGGUACCAUGUCGAGCAGCUUCAUUAAAUUCUAACGAUGUUUUUAUAGUUCAGAGUGAUUCCAGUGUCUUCUUGUGGUUGGGAAAGGGAGCCAGUCUUGAAGAGAUCGAAGUUGCUAAAAAUGUUGCUCAGUUCAUAUGUCCUGAUAGGGACUUGAAGAUGGUAGAUGAGGAAGAUGAACCAGAGGAAUUCUGGGAUAUUGUUGGAGAAAGGGAACCAUACCCUACUGGUCCUAGACUACAGAAUGCGAGUAGCGAUAUGCCCUGUCGAUUAUUCCAAUGUUCCAAUGCAUCUGGUAGAUUUCAAGUUGAGGAAAUUAUAGAUUUUACACAAGAGGAUUUGGUAGAAGAUGACGUCAUGUUAUUGGAUACUUUUGAUGAAAUAUUUGUAUGGGUUGGUAAAGGUGCUAAUCGUAUAGAGAAGAAAGAGAGUUUAAAUGCUGCUAUGGAAUAUAUUAGAACAGAUCCAGCUGGCCGGACACCAGAUACAACUAUGAUAGCCCAGGUCAAACAAGGGUUCGAACCACCAAAUUUUACAGGUCAUUUUCAUGGCUGGGAUCCAGAAAAAUGGAGUAAAGGUAAAACCUAUGAAGAAUUAAAAGAAGAAUUUGGUGAAGAAGAAACGGAAGUGACGUCCGUACAAGAAGAGAUAGCUAACUACUCAAAGACAUAUACAUAUAAGGUAUUACUACAAAAACCAGUACCCGCUGGUGUGGAUCCAGCAUCAAGGGAGAAACAUUUAUCAGACACAGAAUUCAAAGAAGUUUUUAAAAUGUCCAAACAAGAUUAUGAAACCAAACCACAAUGGAAGAGGACGGCCUUGAAGAAACAAGUGGGGUUAUUUUAAAAGAAAACCAUUAUAAUAUUAUUAUAUUUUAUACAUUUUAAUAAAAUUCUCAGUCUCAAAAAUCUCAGAUGAACGGAAAUUUGGAAUGAAUGUGCCUUCAUAUAAUUGUCUCCUUUCACCACCAAUUGGAUUGUAAAAUUGUUACUUGAUUUAAUAAAGAACGUACGAAGUUUUGUAUUUUUUAUUUGAAUUGAACUAAAAUUUCCGAUUUUCUGGGAUUAGAGAACCAGUAUUCUAGUUGCCAUAGUUACACAUACUUCUAUUAUUAUUUACUCUUAGUUAAUCAUUAGUUUGUAGAAACCAAGUUAGCUUAAAAUCAUGAUUGUCCUUUUAAAUUUACCGCAAACAAUGUUUAUAAUAAUUUAUCAAUUUCGCACGUGUAUUUCGUGAUCACAGAAAACAUUGUUUGUGGCGGAUUUUAGAACAUGAAAUAGAGCUGGGGUCUUAUUCAUGAACACUUAAAACUAUAAUAUUCUAAGGAUGUUGUCAUUUCAAUGGUUGAGGCUUUAAGAUUUGGAUAAAGAGCUGUCAGUUCUCGCUAUGAUAGUUUAAAAAAUAGAUAAUGAAAAGGGAAUAUGUUGAAAAUUUCAGUCAAAUAACUUCAUUCUGAGCCGGGUUAUCGCCGUUAGAAGAACAGUGUAGUCUCGAAUGCCAUUUUUAAAUUAAAUCAUAAACUGUCAAUCGUAUUUAAAUCUGUUGAAAAUCUCGAGCAUCGGAUUUCACCAAGAGCUAAUUAUGGUCUUGGCAAGUUAAAAAAAAUGUUUAAUUAAUAGUUUAUAUAAAGACAUAAAGCGAGACGUGUAAUCGGCAGGUUUAGGUCUUGAAUAAUGUUAACAAAAAGCUAUAUUCUGAAAAUAUUUUUUUGUAAGUUUUUGUGACUUAGACUCCAGUUAACAUUGAUUUUAGACCUAGAUUUAUUAUUAUAUUACAAUAUAUUUUAUUUGAAGAGCAUAUAUUAAGACUUAAUUAUUUUCAUAAUAUUUAAAUUGUAUAUCUUCGUUUUUUCUUCUUUUGCACAAUUUGUCACUUUGUUACUUUAUAUAUUCUAUUUUUAAUUAUGUAAUGGAAUACAGAAUAUAUCUUUUA